GUUGCGGCAUUGCACCUUGCAUAUAAUGAGAAGCGAGAAUGCACCUAUAAUCAAUGCUGAGAAUUUCUCUACCUGGCGCCGACUAUAUCGGGUGAUAGCGGUGGCUAAUGACAUCCUAAUUAAAGAAGCACAGCUGUGUGAAAACCAUCCAGAAAUUCUUACUCUCAGAUCCGGUAAGAGAAUUGAAAGUGACAGCAAACUAAUACCUUUAAAUGUUUACAUAAGUGACGAAAAUACGGGGAAGAGCCAAAAGCUUGAGUUUUGCCGCUUCCAUAAUUUUACCGAGAAACCAUCCAAUCACCUUUCUAAUAGUUCGACAUUAUCACGAACGAAAUUACCACAAAUUUCAUGAAGCGGUCCUAAACUCAAUUUGUGAACAAUAUUAUACCUAUUU